CUGUACUAUAAUUUCCCAGGACAGUGUGUGCUUUUACUGGUGUACUCAUUCAUACAAUUUUUGGCGUCAUUCUAAGGCCUCAGUGUUAGCGCGGGGAAGGGGCUUUUCUGUGUAUCGUUUACUUAGAGGAUUACUGUUUACACAAAGCUUCUGCAAAUGGGAAUGGUCACUUUGGGAAAACAUUGGUAUAUUAAGCCAUUGACCAUUGUCCAGUUAAGGUGUUAGCUGACCUGCUUGAUCACAGAAAAGUCCAUUAUCUACUACACCACCCUAGGCAGUAUAUUUUUGUUAAAAAACUGGAGCACUGCAGCUAAAGUCACACAGUAAGAGGAGGUGUAAUAAGGACUAGGAUUGAAUACAGAUCAUCACGGGCCCACAAAGGUGUAAAAAGGUGUAGGACUAACCAGGGAUCAUCACAGCACCCUAGGGAGUCAACUGGAACAGUUAACUGAGCAGAGACAAUUACUCGUAUAGAAAGAGCACCUGAGUUUUACCUGUCAUAUUAGUACAGGUAUGCAAUUGCAAUCAAGGACGCUGUGACAUUCAUCACCCGUGGUGGACAAACGGACCACUUAAAUCUGAAUGCUGUGGUCAGUAAGGGUCAUUUCUGGUCAGUCUUCAGACCUAACUGGACAUAGCCUUGUAUACCACAAGUGACUUGUCUGCAGUAAACUAGCAUUGCAGCUGUAUGGUAACAGUGCCCGGUAAUUAAUUACUACUAACUAAGAUGAGUGCCAGCAUUGUUUAGUCUAAUUGCAUAGAAAAUAUGAAUGUGUUGCUUCGCUAACUGGUGCAGAGAAGUUACCAGACUUGUAAAUCACACUAGAUCUCCAGGUUUGUCAGCUGACAACCAGCGACUCGAAAACAGAUACAACUUCAGCUUGCAGUGAUUUCAAAUGGUAUUUGACACAGACUUUAAACACUUGAAUGUCAGCCGUACCAAAUUACAACUACAGUAAAGGCAGCAAGCGGAGAUAAUUAGUACCAGAAAAAAAUGGAUGGAGCUACAACUGCUAUAAUAUAAGUGAUUUAUAUUCUAAUUCCAAGGCCAGAUACAUUGAAUGCUGAACAGCUAGAGGUCGGAGAAUAUAAGUUUUGUUUAGUCGUUAAGUCGUUUAGUCGCUACUGUGGAGAACUGUUAGAAAUCAACCUAUGUAAACAAGAAACUCUAGCGAGUUAUAUAUAAAAACAAAUUGUUUGGGAAAAAUUCCAACAGAUCAAAUAAUGAUUACUCCCUCCGUUGAACGCCAUGGUCACGGAAAGAGAAGAGCGCCUGUAUUUCUCUUGCCUUCCUGGCACACUCACGGACGACAGGUUUCCUCCAACAAGACUGAAGACAUUCCUCAGACCCCCCAGGUUCCCCCUCUCACCCCGGGAUCCAACCAGAAGGUGUCGCAGGCCUUCCUCGAGUGCUUCAAAAGCUUCGACAUAGACAUGCAAAAAUACAAUAUUCCAAAAGAUCCCAUCCAGUGGAGCGAGAUUCAGGUUGUUCAGUGGCUACAGUGGGCGGUCAAGGAAUUCAACGUCCAGGGAAUCAGUAUGGGCAACUUCGCCAUCAAUGGUCAACAGAUGAUCAAGAAUGGCAAAGACGAGUUCCUGAAGUUGGCACCACCCUACAUGGGUGACAUCCUUUGGGAACACUUACAGGAGCUUCAGAAAGAGGUUGCCCAAGAGAGGGCGUCACUGUGCAAUGUCCCGCCCAAUUAUAGUGAGCCUGUUUGCAUGCCCGACUUUGGUGAACACUUCCUGCAACAAGGUUAUACCCGAAGUGACAGUAAGAUUCCCACCUCUCAACCCUCAGCAAGUCAGGGAUACCUUGAAAGUAAAUGUACUUAUGGCCAAAUCAGCGAGUCUAUGCAGGCAUUGAACGAUGUCAAUGGCGACAACAUUAUCAAUGGCAACAGUUUUGACGAUUCCUCAGAUUACCAGCGAUUGGAGCACAACAGUUACUAUGACCACAGCCCUGAAUUCUAUCCCAUAAUUCCAGAGCAGAAAUACCGCCCAACUAUUCCACCCCCUGAGAACUUGUGUCGAAAUCAGUACAUUCGACAGGACAGCCUUCCUCACGACAAUUACUACGACCAACAGACGUUCCACACAGUACCAAGCAUCAAGCAGGAGUGCCCCUGGUCACCACAGGACUGCGCUGGUCAGGACUGUAACGAGAGCUGGCAGUCCAAUGACCUUCGGUCAAGUCUGUCCAGUGGGUAUCGGUCACUCCAGUCAUCCCCGACCAAUGUCUACUGUGAAGGGAAACCCAUGAUUCAGGCUGCUGCCCUGGCCGGUUACUCUGGGAGUGGCCCUAUCCAGCUGUGGCAAUUUUUGCUGGAGUUACUGACGGACAAGUCCUGUGAACAUUUCAUCAGCUGGACCGGAGACGGAUGGGAAUUCAAACUCUCCGACCCUGAUGAGGUCGCCCGGCGAUGGGGAAUUCGUAAAAACAAGCCGAAAAUGAACUAUGAGAAGCUGAGUCGAGGACUGAGAUAUUACUAUGACAAACACAUCAUCCACAAGACAGCGGGGAAGCGCUACGUCUACCGAUUUGUUUGUGAUCUGCAGAGUCUUCUAGGUUAUACCCCUGAGGAGCUGUUCGAGGCCUGUGAUAUCAAGCCUCAGGUAGACAAGGAUGAUGAGUGAGCUAGUCAAAGUUAUCAAGAGGCUUUGAAUUGAAAUUGUUCCCAAAAUGGUCUACUGCUUUAUCAGUGACCUGUAUUAUGGCCAAGGUCAAAGGUCAGAAGCUAAGGCAGUUAACAAGCCUUUCUGUGAUUGGUCAGCUCCAUGACCUGUAUGACUAUAGUCAGACCUGUUUGUUCCUUUGAUGGACGAAGGAAGAGCGCUGAAGAAGAGGAGGUAAUCCUUGCUUUGAAAAAAGGCCAGCAUUCUACUUUUACAUGGACAAAGUGAAUGCGCACAAUCUCUUGAGUGGGCGAAGCCUUUGUGGAGAAUGAACAGGAAUAGCUUAGAACUGUGUAGACUGGCCGGGGCAAUGGUCUGGUGGAGAAAGAUUUGAGACUGGUGUCCAUUUUAAAUGGUCCUUUGUAGAACAGCAACAAGUCUGAAUGUAUUUUCUUGAAAGCAAUGGUUAUGUAUGACCACCAGCUGUAGGAGAAGUUAUCAGACAUUGGCCGUUUUUGUGAUGAACAGAAAAAGCUAGUGAGGGAAUGGACUGAAAAGUUGAGGCAGAGGGCAUCAAGAAUUUGCCCAAGUCGAGGCUGAUGUGUUUCCUAGAGAAUGAUCUCACAAAAGUGGGAGGGGCAAUCCUUCUCAGUACAUUUGUUUCUUAGAAAUGAAACAAAUUUAUUUAAUACUAUUUGUCCUAGUUGUUAUGUUUGGAUGUAAUUGAUCAGUUUAGAAGCGAUGUUUCUUUCACUGAGUCCAGACUUACUGUUGUACUUUGUAUUGUUAUCAAGGUGAAUUAAAUGUGAUUUAUCUCUUUGGGGGCCUCACAAGACUCUCCCAUAAUGCAUCACUGCAGCUAUUAUUUCAAAUAUGUGUACAAAUUGUAUGUUAAUCUUGUUACAUUAAAUGAUUAAAUUUAUAUAUAUAUCAAAGUCAUAUUUUCAAUAUUUUAAUACUAUUGUUGAUAUGCUUUUCAGUUUGAGUGAAAAACUGAAAGAUUGGAUAUCUUAAAAAUCUGCCUUUUAUUUGUUAAAAACAAUUAUGUUGCAAUAAGUAUGGUGCCUUGCUUAUCUCCCCUCCCUCCUUGUGGCAUUUGACCUUUUCAUGUGUCUUGACCUUUUAUCCCACAGACAUAAUGACUUUUGGAGAUACAUGCUCACUCUAAUGUUAAUGUUUUAGAAGUAAAAUAAAAAAAAAUGUUCAAUCAAUUCUUCACAUUAAAGAGAAAAAGAUAUGGAUAUCAAAGAACACAAUUCUUCUGAAAUUGUCAGGAUGGCAGAUUGCUUGAAGCAUUGACAUUGAAAUCUUUAACAAUAUAUAAAUCAUUUUAUUGAAAUGUUAAAAAAGGCGAGGAUGUAUCUCCACAAUAUCGUAAUGUCCAUAGAAGUUGUUAAAGACUUGUUCUCCGUACAUCAUCUUUGUCACAUUUUUAAACACCAGAUAUUGUGUAUCACAAAUUGGCGUUUCAUUAUCACAUUUUAAUAAAAUCAAAAUCAAAUCCAUUGCCCAAUCAUUUUCAUGGUUUUUCAUCUAUCAGUAACGUUAUGAAGUCAAAACAUUUCUCUUGUUAUCCGAAAAAGUGCAUUAUCCAUUAUAAUUUUUAUUUUUUUAUAUACUUGUUUUUGAAAUUGAGAUUUUCAGCCAAAGUCUUGCAUUCAAGAAAAACAUUUAAGUUACAGUAGCUCUCUUGAGCAGUUUUUCACAGAUUGAAGUAGAAUUAACAAACUAUAUGGCUACAGUAAUACACUGUGGAGGUCUCUUUAACACUUUUCACAACUUUUCAUUGAAAUAGGAUCCUUGUGAUAAAUUGUAUGCUAAAUACGAACUAAAUUCACAGUUUUGUAUAUUGCUGUGGAAGAUAAAAUAAAAUGUGAGUUUUAAUGUACCUAUGUCUGGGUCAGUGACACACAAGCAGGUGUACUUAGUCUGUAGGUAGUUCAGCCUUUAAUCACAUUCACCCCUGAAAUUUCAUAAUGAAGUUUUCCAACCUUUAAUUUGGAAGAGUUCAAAUGUGUCUUCAUCAGGGGUGAAUGAGUUAAAAAGGUUGGUGGGGUAUCAAAUACAAAACUUGAAAACUUGAAACCUAUCGAAUGCAAAUUUUGGAAUGAUAGCGUGCAUGUAUAUGAUUAGAGAUGUAUUUCAUUGACACUUUUCUUACACAAAGACUGGUGAUUUUUUUCUAAACAGAAACACAGACGAUUCUGUUGUUGAUGUGUUCUAACACAUACAAAGAGGAGAUACCUCUUGUAUUGUGUAAUAUUUUACAAGGAAAGGAAACUCCCUUUUUCAUGACUUACACAAAGGAAGUGUUUUGAUCUGUGAAAGGCUUGUGUUUUUAGUUUGUUCAGUAAAUGAUAAUUAUAAUACCAAUGUGUUCACAAAAGUUUUUUGAGAUCUUGUGCUAUAAUGUUUUUUUCAUGUUAGUUAUUUAAUUUUUUUUGUUGGUCAUUCCUUUUAUGGUUAGUUUUUGUUGGUUUUAUCUUUUAAUAUUAAGCAGAUUUUACAAAAAUGAAAAUCUACUUUCCAUUGACAGGAGCAGUCUUAGAUUAUGAUUUAGAUACUGUUUAUUUAGCUAACUGAUAUUAAGGUAGAACGUGAGAAGGUUUUAGAUAUGUUUAUACAUUUACAACAGAAAAGAUUUCAAUUCGAAACAUUAAACUUGAUAAAAACAUGCUAGUAUGAGGUAUUGUUUUGAAUACCAAACCAAAAUGCUGUUUGAAUUCUGAUAUGAAAAACUGUCAUUCUAUUAUUUUAUUGGUAAUUGUGAAUUUUGGUUAGAAAAACAAUUUGUAAUUAAAUAUACACAUAAAAUAUUUGUUUUAUUUAAAAUUCUCAGACCGAACAUUUUUUGCAAUAAUUGUAGUUUGAGCCGGAAAGAAAUAUUAUUAUUUAUUUUUAACAGUAUUUCUUUUUAAUUUCCCGAAGUUUUUGAUCAUUAUUUUAUCGCAUCUGUAUUUCAGCACGUACCCUCAGUUGGUUACGGGUUAUCUGUCCUUACAGUGCCUUAGUAUUGAAGGAUUAAUUCAGAUUGAAAAUAAGUUGGAUUUUUUUUCUGAGAAUCUAAGGUAUACCAAAUACAUUUUGUUAGAUUUUCUCUUUAACAUUUCUCUCAAUUUGUGUCUCCAAUUGUUUACCAUAGUCAUUUAUAUCAUUGAUUGAAUUAAAUGAUUUGUAUAAAGAACUGAUGUAAUUUAAAAAUCAAAGUGCUGUUUAGGAGGUCGUGACCUCUCUUUUAUCAUAUUGCCAAUCAAAUGUUGAAUGUUUGUUACAUAAGUACUCUUUCCACCGAAUUAUUUCAAAGAUUUUGUGAUGGUGUUACUAUCUGAUCAAUGUUAAUUGCAACCACGUCUAGUGUAGAGAAAUAACGCAAUAACAAUAAUCGUAUCGAAUCACAUAUUUUUAAAAAGAUUUUUGACCUGUGAUCUCAAAUUAUAAUUUAUUAGGGAAAACACUCUUUAUUAAUUUUAGUUUUAUUAUUUAGAAAUGUGAAAGAAAUACCAAAAAAACUGAAUUUCCAAAGUCAAAUAAAGUUGGGGGAAAAGUUCAGAAGACCACCAGGUGAUUUAAUUUGUGAUUGAGAUUCACAAGAUAUGCAUUAUUGUAUACUGUGUAACAUAAAUCAUUAGUGUAUUUAUAUUUGAAGAUUUUCAAAGCUGCUGUCAAACUUUUUUUUAAUGACCAAAGUUCAAUCAAACUGUAUUAGUAAUUUUGAUUUAAUAAAAUAGUUUAGACCUGUCAAACCACCAAAGAAAGUACCCCCAAAUAUUUCAUGUUAUACAGUAUCAUAAAUUGACUCAAAAAUUAAUAUCCCUCUCAAAGCAGAAGUAUUUUUGCAGUAUCUAAGGCAUGUUCUGGGAGGAUUCGUACACAAAGUGAUAUUUAUAUGUAUAUAUUGUGAUGACACGGGGCCCUGAAUGUUGAGAGGUUUGGCGCUGUGUCAGGUUAUGUGCCUCUUGUUCUAUGCAUUUAUCAUAAGGCAGAUACAAAAUUGGAGGAUAUUUUUCUGUACACUAUUUCAAAGAUGUGAGUCAAUUAAAAUAAAAACAGACUGUACAAAAGAUUUUAACAUUAAGUUGGUGUAAAUACAACAUUAUAUUAUUAAAAU